GGGUUCGUCUUGCCAACAACUCCAAAAGCCUCGGAUCGUGACCAACAGAGCCUGGCUCCCCUCUACAACCAAUCUGGCUGGCAACUAAAUCAAUCCAGACUCUAAACUGAUUUUACCCAAAGUGAUUUACUUCUGCAAGUGUAAUAACCAUACAGCGGAAUAACACAAUGAAGGAUGAUUUCAUAAAUCACACAGAAAAGGAACCACCUAAUCCUAAAUCUGCAAGUAAUGGCUAUGACAAUCCUGCUUUCCAACAUGAUGAAAAACCUGAGCAAAAUGACGAGUUAAAGAACGAGAAAAAAAAGAAAAAUGAGACGUCAAAGGAAAAGAUGGUUGGCAUUUUGAAAUUGUUUGGGUAUGCCGAUUGGCUGGAUAUCAUUUUGAUGAUGAUAGGCUUAAUUGCAGCUGUUGCAAAUGGAACAGGGAUGCCACUUCUAAUCGUUCUCUUUGGAGGUAUGACAAACCGCUUUGUGACGAUUGGCCAAGCAGUAUAUAUGUCUUCAGUUAAUCUUUCAGCUGUGAUGAAUAGUAGCUCUACUUGUCCAGCAAUUCUAGGUUUGGAUAUAGAAGCUGAAAUGACAAGGUUUGCCUACUACUAUGUGGGUAUUGGCUUUGCUGUAAUAAUAGUGAGCACCAUCCAAGUCUGGACAUUUUUGACCUCAGCUGCAAGACAGACAGCAAGAAUCCGACAAAAGUUUUUUUUCGCAAUACUUCACCAGGAGAUGGCUUGGUUUGAUACCAGCCAGAUGGGAAUGUUGAACACACGACUGACAGAUGACAUUAACACCAUCCAUGAAGGCAUUGGAGACAAGAUCUGUAUAUUUGUACAAUUAUUUGCCACAUUUCUGACAGGGAUUAUUAUAGGAUUCAUCUACGGGUGGAAACUGACUUUGGUGAUUUUGUCAGUUAGCCCUCUCCUUGCUGCAUCAGUAGCAGUUGGAUCAAUCUUCCUGGCAUCAUUCACUACAAAAGAGCUGACUGCUUAUGCUAGAGCAGGAGCCGUGGCAGAAGAAAUUUUGACUGCUAUCAGAACAGUUGUUGCUUUCAAUGGACAGAUGAAGGCAUUAGCAAAAUAUGAUGUUAACCUAGAGAAUGCUAGGAGAGUCGGAGUCAAAAAAUCCAUUACUAUCAACACAACUUUGGGUUUCGCAGAGUUUGUUUUAUUUGGAGCCUAUGCGCUUUCAUUUUGGUAUGGAACCAAACUCACAGUGGAGGAGAAAGAGAAUUAUGACAUUGGACGUGUGUUAAUUAUAUACUUCUCUGUGCUCCUUGGUGCAUUCUCUCUCGGACGGGCCUCCCCUCACUUGGAGAGUGUUGCCAAUGCUCGAGUUGCUGCCUAUGAAGUGUACAAAGUUAUCAGUAAGCACCGUCUUGUAGAUAGCAGCGCCAAGGAAGGAUACAGACCAGACAAGCUCAAAGGAGAGAUUGAAUUCAAAAACGUCCAUUUCAGUUACCCAUCUAGACCUGAUGUUAAAAUUCUCAAUGGCCUGAACCUGAAAGUUCAAUCGGGGAAGACCAUAGCUCUGGUUGGCUCCAGUGGCUGUGGCAAAAGUACUACUAUUCAGCUGCUACAGAGAUUCUAUGAUCCAGUCCAAGGAGAGAUUACCUUAGAUGGACGAGAUAUUCGGACACUUAAUGUAAAGUGGCUAAGAGAACAUAUUGGCCUUGUAAGCCAGGAGCCUAUUUUGUUUGCUACAACAAUAGCUGAGAACAUUCGCUAUGGCAGAGAGGGUAUUACUGAUUCUGAAAUUGAGAAAGCAGCUAAAGAAGCCAAUGCUUUUGAUUUUAUAUCCAGACUGCCUGAUAAAUUUAACACUAUGGUGGGGGAAAGGGGAGCUCAGCUGAGCGGAGGGCAGAAACAACGAAUUGCUAUUGCUCGUGCCCUGGCAAGGAAUCCCAGGAUUCUGCUGCUGGAUGAAGCCACGUCUGCUCUGGACACUCAGAGUGAAUCUGUAGUGCAAGCAGCUCUUGAUAAGGCUAGGGCUGGACGUACCACCAUUGUGAUAGCUCACCGGCUCUCCACAAUCCAGACGGCUGACAUUAUUGCUGGAUUUCACAACGGUGCUGUUGUUGAACAGGGAACACACAAUGAACUCAUGACAUUGAAGGGUGUCUACUAUUCUCUUGUGAUGCAGCAGGGUCAUAGUGGAAACACUCAAAAUGAGAUAUCAGAAUGUGAUGAAGAGACACAAAAUCUAGAUGAUCUCAGGAUGGAGAACGUGACUGAUCUUGGCGGUUUUGAAGAACCAAGAAUCCUUGAGAUGGAAAGCAUUCCUGAUAGAUCCAGAAGGUGUAAAAGCAGAAAGACCUCUUCUAAAAAAAAGUCAUCUGAAAAGAAGGAGACAGAGAACAACAAGGAAUCCGGUGGCACCAAGGAGAAAGAGGAGGAAAAUCUCCCUGCUGUGCCUUAUUCCAGAAUUCUGGCUCUGAACAAACCGGAGUGGCUGCAUAUAUUCUUUGGCAUGAUUGCUGCUGCCUUCUCUGGUGGCGUCUACGCUGUAUUUUCUGUUAUAUUUGGAAAAAUCAUUGGGGCUUUUCAAGAAACAGAUCCUGAAAAAAGGAGCAAAACCACCACGUUGCUUUCUCUAAUGUUUCUUGUACUGUCAGUGAUCAGUUUAGUAACCCACAUAAUCCAGGGAUUCAUGUUUGGAAAGUCUGGGGAAGUUCUGACCAAGAGAUUGCGAUUUUUGUCAUUCAAAGCAUUGAUUCAGCAGGAGAUUGGGUGGUAUGACGAUCAUAAAAAUGCCAUAGGGGUUUUGUUAACCAGACUAGCUACAGAUGCUUCACAAAUCAAAGGGGCUACUGGAAGCCAACUUGGCUUGUUCACUAAGGCUGCCUGUACCCUUCUGACCGCCAUCAUUAUUGCUUUUGUAUAUGAAUGGCGAUUAACUUUGCUUAUCCUGGCCUGCAUUCCUUUCAUUAUUGCUUCAAAUGCUAUUAGACUAAGAUCUGUGGCUGGUCACGUAUUAAAAGAUCGAAAAGCUUUGGAAGAGGCCGGAAGAAUUUCAAUAGAAGCAGUUGAAAAUAUAAGAACUGUGGCUUCAUUAACUAGUGAAGAUGCAUUCUGUGAGAGAUAUAGUGCAAGUUUGAAUGGUCCAUACAGGGACUCUCUAACAAAAGCCCCCCUAUAUGGAUUUACCUAUGGAAUAGCCCAGUGUACACUCUACUUUUUUGAUGCAGCAGUCUUCACGUUCGCGGCCUGGCUCAUUGCUAAUUGUUAUACUGACUUUGAAAAUGUAUUUAUAGCCUUUUUUUCAGUUCUAUAUGCUGCUUUGAAUAUUGGGCAGUCCAUUUCUUUGGCACCAGAUUUUGGCAAAGCUAAAGUUUCUGCCCAACGAAUCUUUCAGCUUUUGGAUCAGAAACCCUUAAUUGACAGCUAUAGUGAAGAGGGGACAAAACUGAGUCAGUUUGAUGGCAACAUUGAAUUCAGGGAUAUCCAUUUUGUAUACCCUACAAGACCAGAAGCUCAAGUUUUGCAAGGAUUCAGCCUGAAGGUUAAUAAAGGACAGACGCUAGCCUUGGUGGGGAGCAGUGGUUGUGGCAAAAGCACAUCCAUUCAGCUGCUGGAGAGAUUUUAUGACCCUAUAGCAGGACAAGUGUUUGCAGAUGGAUUCGAUACCAAGUAUUUGCAUUUGCAGUGGUUAAGGUCCAAAUUGGGUAUUGUGUCACAGGAGCCUAUUUUGUUUGACUGCAGCAUUGCUGAAAAUAUCCAGUACGGAGACAACAGUAGGGUUGUCAGUCAGGAGGAGAUUGAAGAGGCAGCUAAAGCAGCAAAUAUUCACACCUUCAUAGAAAAUCUUCCAGAGAAGUAUAAUACCCAAGUGGGUGACAAAGGAGCACAACUUUCUGGAGGUCAGAAACAAAGAAUAGCAAUUGCUCGUGCUCUAGUUCGUAACCCAGCAGUUCUGCUUCUAGAUGAAGCCACAUCUGCUCUUGACACGGAAAGUGAAAAGAUUGUCCAGAAAGCCUUGGACGAUGCCAGGAAGGGUCGAACCUGCAUUAUUAUUGCUCACCGCUUGACGACUGUCCAGAACGCUGAUGUCAUAGCAGUGAUUCAUAAUGGAAAAGUAGUGGAACAAGGGACUCACAGCCAGUUGCUGGCAAAGGAAGGACAUUACUAUGCACUUGUAAAUGCGCAAGUUUCUCAUUAACAUUAAUGUUACAACUAAUCUAUUUUUAUAAAUACGCACACAACCCACAGCUAAGUAAUAUUAAGGAUGAGUGCAUCUCAUUACUGAGAUGUCUGCAGGUUCAAAACAUAGGCACAUAGUAAAAAAACAGAGAACAGACAUUUAUUUUUUCCUUGUGUCACAGCUUUAGUUGACUUAAUCCUAUUGGUAAGAUCCUUUGGGGCAUGCUGGUUUAUUUUAAACUGCUUUUAUAUUAAUGAUUACAAGCCUUUCAUGGAAAUAUAUAUUGACAAAAUAGAUCACAAACUGUUUGUUUAAAAAUGUAUUGUUAAAACCUGUAUUAUUGACCUAACAGAACUUACUGGUUCUUUUGAAACCAUUAAGGCUAUUUCAAAAAGACUUAAAAAUAAUUAUUAUUGGCCCAAUGACUAUGAUGGCUCCUUUUUGGAGCUGAUUAAUGUCAACUGUGUAAAUAGCUACUUAACAAAAAACGGUGGGGGGGGUGGAGGUUCACCAUGCGAAGUUAGAUUUAAGCAUUUUUUUCAGCUUUUUAAAUGGAGUUUUAGAAAUGUUGAUCCAUCUAUAGUCAUAGUGGUUUACACAGCUGUUAUAAUAUUUCAUUCUCAGUGUGUUUUUCCCUUAAUAUAGUCAACCAUCAUGCUUAAACAACAGUUGAGGAACAUAUGUCAUCUACUUAUUAGAGAGACAGACAGACUCGGUCAGCCCUGUUUUGGGUUUGCUUCUGGCAAACUCACCUUUUGGUUUGCCAAGGACAAAAUCAAAACCACCUUUGGUUUUGGUUUAGUAUUUUCACCCUACAGGAGCUUGGAAUAUUUCAUACUUUCAGAUGCCACUGCUUACUUGUGACAGACAAAAAUUAAAAAUAAUUAUAAUCUCCUUUGCCCUUUUGUUUCCCUGCUUCUAGGUCUGAGGGAAACAAAAUAUAAAAACACAUAAACUUUGCUCUCAACCUCACCAAAAUACAUGUGGCCACUCUUCCCCAUUCAUCCUCAUCCCCAAUCAGCUUUUCUCAGCAGCUACCAGGAAGGGCUACUUCCACUACGGGCCAUUGAGCCUCUGUAGACACAUGGGAAGGGGCUGGUGAGUUUCUGCUGGCACCACCAUGACAUGUGCAGGAAAGUGACUUUUCACUUCUGGUUAUAGAGAAAUCAGUGGCUGUUCUCACAGUAUUUCCCUGUUAUCCAAACUGGAAUCAAAUGUGUCCCUUUGUCUGGUUUUAUUUUUACACUGGAACCAAUUGUUAAGUCAGUUUACGGUAAAGUUGAAGCCUAUAAUGUGGAAAUUCAUUCAAAUAUUACAUGGAGGGGAUUGCCAAACUUAGUUUAUUUUAAGGCCACGUAAUGUAUGAACUAUAUAACAUCUGUACCUAGUUAAUGGGAUCUCAUAGUCACAUCAACACAGAUAAUGUAGAGUAGAGGCCAAAAUGCUUCACUGCUCAAUCUGCUUCCAAUCUGAUAACUUUGAACUUGUUUUAAUAGAGCUGGGCAAAACAUUUGAGGAGACAUGCACAAUUGGACAUUAAAGGUUUAGAAAAGGGUUCUACUUCGGUCAACCGACAGUACAUAUGAGCUGCCACAACCAUUAGGCAUGUGGUCCCAUCAUUUUGCCAUCUUAGAGAAAGGUGUCAGCGUUACAUGUGACGUACAGGAAGAUGAUUGUACGUAUAUCGUUCUUGGCAUGUUGCUUAACAUUGUUCGUCAGUGCAUUCCUGUGUGUGGCAAUAGCCAGCCAAAUUCAAUCAAGUCUGUAUUGCUGGAACAGUCGUUUUGAAAUAAAAGGCCUGGAGGUGUCAAGUAUCAGACCAUUCUUUAAAAUAUUGUGGGAUUAGAAGUUGCUGCGGCCAGAACAACCAGCUCUUUCUAUUUAGUGUAUUUUAGUCUAUGCUUGGAGUAUGCGUUCAGUGAUGAUGCUCAUCUUAUCUGUGGGGAAAGGACACGGCUCUGUGGCUGCACCUCACUUCUUAAAAAAUGAAUCUGGAAAACCUCCCAGUGUAUACAUCUGGCCUCUUCACUUGUAUUUCAAAGGAGGAAAUUUUAACAGGAAAAUGGCAAAUACGAUGAAGGUAACAUGGGUCAGUUCACUUAGUCUUCCACAAUUCUACACCCCCCACUACUUAAAAGAAUAUUUAUUUAUUUUCACUGUAAAUAAUACACACCAAUAUCAGUCUCCCUUUAAAAUUACAAUCCAGAGCAAUAAAACACAAUGCAACAAAAGCAAAUCCCAGACAACAUAAAACAGCCAGACACCCAGAAAACGGAACAAACUCUUCUUCAGAUUUGCAACAGAAACCCCACACAACCAAAUGCCUGUUAAAGUAUGUGGACUGUGCUGCAUGAAUCUAAGCAGAUCUCUGUGUUGCAACCUUUGGUAACAAAAGAUGGCCAUACACUCUCACCCAUGGGGGUUGGGGGGUCCUAUAAUCAGCCAUAUUCUCUGGUAGCUUCUCCCAAUCCACCAUAAUCACCCCCCCCCCCCACCAGCCUGCUCUCAUGUCUGCCCCAGUCUCACCCCAUCACUGAAAGAUACCCACUUGCAUUUUCCAGUCCAGAUCAGCUGGAGAGAGAGGCCCAGGCAGCCUGCAAAUUGGUCAAGAUACUGGCCAGCAGUGAAGAGGCAAAGGUGGUAUUAAGCCAUCUUUGCAGAUUCCAAAUUCUGGGACCAACAGGCAACAACCUGGUGUAAGAGAGAGGAGCCACUCCAGGGGACCUGUAGGCUAAAAUGACAUUUUAGCCCCACCUGCUUCUGCCUGGCCAUAUCUGCUACACUUGGUGCCAGAAUAAAACCUUACUAGCAUCUUUGCCACUCACCUCUGGACAGUAUCUUGGCCAGUUUGCAGGCUGUCUGGGCCUGCAAAGCCAGAGGGUUCCCCUACUUAAGAGGAUUUCUCCCCUGCCCAAACUGGCUGGUUAUGUGGCCAGUUUGCACCAGUGUGGCCAUGAGCCUGGCCCGCCAUGCUGGCUGUCGUCAGCAUUCUGGAAAAAACAUCAUCCCAUAUCUAUUCACUAACUCUAAUGGCCUCUCAAACCCAUUGAAGAAGGGGGAGGGGGCAUAAAACAGGUACAUCACAAAGUACGUUAUGUUAGCGCUUAUCUAAGUGUGCUAGGCUAUUGCUGAUGUAUGAAGUUGUGAGAGAACAAGAGUGCACCGAGAUUUUGGAGAGCAGCCACAACAUAAUUAAUCAUUCAGCUCACCUGUAAAUUCAGCAUAAAUUGCUGUCAAAUUUGAUUAACUUUUUGGGGUCAGGAAUCAAAUUUACACUGAUACAUGCUCAUUCAAACUUCAGCCAUGGUGAGAAGCAUAGUAUGAAUACUUAGACAAACUGAUAGUAGAAGAUGCCAAUUCUGCUGGUGUUGAGGAGUUAAAUGUCCUUGUAUUCUUAUUUGCAUUAGUGUAGGACAAUCCCAAUGGGUGCUGAAGUUCCCUUUGUUUCCUUCCCAAAUAUUUUACCUCCUCUACAGUCUAUAAAACUCCUAUUCGCACCAAUCCAAAAAGUGUAGAGGAUUGUAUAACUCCAUAAAGAACUACUUCUUAAAGGCCUUAUGGGGAUAAGGAAGAAUUUCAUUGGAAUCACCAUUUGCAACCCUCAGAUCCUUAGAAAC